CCCGACACGUGCGUCCCGUCUGUGUCUAGUCUAGUCUCGUCCGCUCAGGGUCGGUCCUCUGCAGUGCUCCUCUCUCACUCAUCACAGAGUGACCGGCUGGCAGUUGUGUUCAACGGACAGGAACCAAACAGGUCUAACGAUGCUGGGCACCGUCGUAGCCUCGCUCGGGGUGGGCGUGGCCGCCAGCGUCAUGUUCGUGUAUGACGUCAUAACGCUACCAAUCUACACCAUCCUACAGAAGCCCUGGGUCCGGAUCAAAAAGGCCAAAAAGAUUCGGGCCAAGGAGGUACCGGGAUCGGUAUGUCGCUACAGGAACUACGACGACCCGAUCGGCUUCCAGGUCACCAUGAAACGCGAAAAACUCGACACCGUCGAAAAGAUCGUCCGGUACGCCGUCAAACAGCACGGUGACAAGAAGGGCUUUGGAACGCGAGCCAUCCUCUCUGAGGAGAACGAGACGCAGCCCAACGGAAAGGUGUUCAAAAAGUUUGUGAUGGGCGACUACCAGUGGACGAGUUACGUCCAGUUCGCGGCGCGUGCCGACGCGUUCGGCCGAGCCCUUCUGGCGGAGGGCGUGAAGCCGGGCGGACGCGUCUGUAUCUUCGCCGAGACGCGGCAGGAGUGGCUGGAGGCCGCUGUCGGCGCGUUCACUCAGAAUGUCACCGUGGUGACCCUGUACGCCACCCUCGGUGAGGACGCCGUCGCUCAUGGUAUCAACGAGACCGAGGUGGCUCACGUGAUCACGACGCACUCACUGAUGCCCAAGGUGAAGACGAUCCUGAGCAGCUGCAGCAGGUCUCGCACGUCAUCUAUAUGGAGGACCAGCUGGAGAAGACAGACACCUCGGGAGUGAAGAGCGGCGUCAAGGUGAUCCCGUUCGCCGACAUGCUGAAGAAGGGACACGACGCCAAGUUCGAGGCACACCCGCCCACCAGCGACGACAUCGCCAUCAUCAUGUACACCUCCGGCUCUACUGGCACCCCGAAGGGCGUCAUGGUCUCCCACUACAACAUGGUGUCGACGAUGACGGGGUUCGCGGUGGCGCUGGUGCCCUCACCCGAGGACGUCUACCUGGGCUACCUGCCGCUGGCACACGUCCUCGAACUGAUGGCAGAGCUGUGCGCGGUGAUGUUCGGCGUUCCGAUCGGCUACAGCUCUCCGCUCACACUGAUGGACAAGUCGAGCAAGAUCAAGCGCGGCUGCCAGGGCGACUGCUCGGUGCUCCGGCCGACGCUGAUGGCCGCCGUGCCCAUGAUCCUCGACAGGGUCGCUCAGGGUAUCAAGGAGCAGAUGCACUCUGCGGGCCGUCUGGCUCAGGGCCUGUUCAACUGGUUCGUCAUGUACAGGAACUGGUGGCGGCGGCGCGGAUUCUCCACACCCAUCCUGCACAGUCUGGUGUUCAGCCGUAUCGCCGGCCUGCUCGGCGGCCGGGUGCGGGCCAUGGUUUCUGGCGGAGCGCCACUCUCCGAGGUCACCCACGAUCUGAUCCGCUCCUGUAUCGGCUGCAGCGUCAUGCAGGGCUAUGGACUCACCGAGACGACUUCUUGCGCUUCACUGAUGGACGAGUACGACGUGGCGGUGGGCCGCGUGGGUCACCCGGUCAGCUGUUGUGACGUCCAGCUGAGCGACUGGGAGGAGGGAGGCUACAAGGUCACCGACCAGCCCCACCCCAGGGGAGAGAUCGUCGUUGGCGGUGACAACGUGACGAUGGGCUACUUCAAGCAGCCGGAGAAGACGAAGGAGGAGUUUUUCGAGUCGGACGGCCGCCGGUGGUUCCGGACGGGAGACAUCGGCCUCAUCUACCCCAACGGCACCAUCAAGAUCGUCGACCGUAAGAAGGACCUGGUGAAGCUGCAGGCGGGGCGAGUACGUCUCUCUGGGACGCGUGGAGACCAUCCUCAGCACCAGCCCCUUCGUCGACAACAUGUUCGUCUACGGGGAGUCCUCCAAGAACUUCGUCGUGGCCGUGGUAGUGGCCAACGCCAAGCAGCUGGGCUUGCUGGCAAAGGAGGUGCUGGGGUCGGAGGCCGAGGGGAAGUCGCACGAGCAGCUCUGCAAGGAGGAGCGUCUGGAGGAGGAGGUCCAGAAGCGGCUGGUCAAACAGGCGCGGCACGGUCGUCUGGAGAAGGCCGAGAUCCCCGCCCGGGUGGCCCUGACCUCGGUCUCGUGGUCGCCCGAUAACAACCUGGUCACAGCCGCCUACAAACUCAAACGCAAGGAGCUCAGCAACUACUACAAGGAUGACCUGGAGCGACUGUACAAGUAGGCGGCGUGGUACCUGAGGCCGUACGCGGUACGGUACCGGUGCGGUACGCACUGCGGUACCGUACCUGGUGUAGUGUGUCCGUUGGCGGCAGCAAUAUCUCGGCAGCCCGGGCCCUGAGGUCGGUUGUGUGAGGGGUUCCCUGUAACUGGCUAGGCCCGCCUGGGAUGGGUUUUGUCUGGCAGAGUCGGUACUGAGGCCGGGAGGGUGAGCGCAGGGGACGAGAGACUUUUGGAAGGGAGUCGGUCUAGCGUUAUACUGUGGGGCCAUUUACACUGACCUGACUCGUGUUUGGUUUGGUUUUGUGCCGACUUGACGUGUAACAGACGGUCAGAGACACCAACUAGCUGUCUCAAUGGCGCUGUUUGCAGCUCAUUGGCAGCAAUUAAUGUCGCCGAGUCGAUUUGGAAAAGCCGAGUGAGGCUGCUCGUCGGUCAGCUUCUUGACUGGUUAAAAGUAUUCAUCCAGUGAUGAAGUAAUGGAUAUUACAGUGCUUCAGGCUU